UCCAAACAAGCUGCUGGCAGCUGCUCACAAUCCUGCCUCCGUGCGCUGGGCCGGACAGUUCCCCUGCGUAACCUGCUAAGCACCCAGGGUUUUCGCCUCCAGACCGGGAAAAAAAUCCGGAGCUGCCACCGUGAUGCUCAGACACAGCUUCUCCCACAAGGGGAUCCCCUUCCCCGCAGAGAUCUAUGACCCCGAGACCAUCGACUUCGUAGGGAACCACUUCCAGGUGCUGGAUGACGACACCUUUACUGUUACCUACCCCAAGUCAGGUACCAACUGGAUGAUGGAGAUCCUGAGCCUCAUCUGGCAGCAGGGAGACCCGUCCUGGUGCCGCAGUGUGCCCAUCUGGGAUCGGUCUCCCUGGCUCGAGUCCCCUAAUGCUCUGGAGAAGCUGAAGUCUGCAAAGCCUCCCCGCCGCAUCAGCUCCCACCUGCCCAUCCAGCUCUUUCCCAAAUCCUUCUGGGGCUCCAAAGCCAAGGUCAUCUACACCGUCCGUAACCCCAAGGACCUGCUGGUUUCCCUCUAUCAUUUCUCCAAGCUGAUGAGCUUCCUGGAAGAGCCAGAGUCCCUGGAGGAGCUACUGGGUGCCUUCCUGCAAGGGGAGGUUCUGUACGGCUCCUGGUUCGACCACGUGAAGGGCUGGCUGGGGCUGCGGGGCCGCGAGAACUUCUUCUGCAUCAGCUACGAGGAGCUGCAGGAGGACCUGCGGGGCAGCGUGGGGCGGAUCUGCCGCUUCCUGGGCAAGGAUUUAUCUGACGCCGCCCUGGCCUCCGUGGUGCAGAACGCCUCCUUCCAGGCCAUGCGGGACAACCCCAUGGCCAACUUCAGCCUGAUGCCUGACAACAUCCUGGACAAAAGCAAGGGCAGCUUCCUCAGGAAAGGGGUGGUUGGCGACUGGAAGAACCAUUUCACCGUGGCGCAGAGCGAGCGCUUUGGCCGGGCUUACCGAGAGCGGAUGCAGGACCUGGCCGGGACCUUCCCCUGGGACGAGUGACCCCCCCAGCUCAGGCGGGGUGCACGGGGCUGUACAGAGCUGGGGGGGGCAUGGAGCCAGAGCUCCCCCUAGUGGUGUCUGCGGUACUUCCCCCUCAGCUGCUACUGACCUGUCCGUCCCCCCCACAC